AGCGGGGCUGUCUGAAGCUGCUGGUGACUGAGGCUCACGCUGCUCUUUGUCGCUGCGUCCGUAUCAAGUGUGCCUGGAGAGCGGGAAGCCGCAGCGCCCUUAUCCCACUCCUGAUGCCCACGUUAUGGUGCCAUAGAUCAAUUUGAUGGGGCUCUUACGGAUUAUGAUGCCGCCCAAGUUGCAGCUGCUGGCAGUGCUGACCUUUGGGGUCUUAAUGCUUUUCCUGGAGAACCAAAUCCAGAACCUAGAGGAAUCACGGGAGAAGCUUGAAAGGGCAAUAGCACGUCAUGAAGUACGGGAAAUAGAGCAGCGGCAUUCCAUGGAUGGCUCCCGACAAGAAAUUGCGCUUGAUGAUGAUGAAGAUAUUUUAAUAAUUUACAACAGAGUUCCAAAGACUGCCAGCACUUCCUUUACAAAUAUUGCCUAUGAUCUGUGUGCAAAAAAUAAAUACCAUGUGCUUCAUAUAAACACAACCAAAAAUAAUCCAGUUAUGUCUCUUCAAGAUCAGGUGCGCUUUGUGAAGAAUGUCAGCUCUUGGAGAGAGAUGAAACCAGGCUUCUAUCAUGGACAUGUUUCCUUUUUGGAUUUUACAAAAUUUGGUGUUAAAAAGAAACCCAUUUACAUAAAUGUGAUUAGAGAUCCUAUCGAGAGACUUGUCUCCUAUUACUAUUUCCUGCGCUUUGGUGAUGACUAUCGACCAGGUUUACGGAGGCGUAAGCAGGGAGAUAAAAAGACCUUUGAUGAAUGUGUAGCAGCUGGAGGCUCUGACUGCGCUCCAGAGAAACUUUGGCUUCAGAUCCCGUUCUUCUGUGGCCACAGCUCAGAAUGCUGGAAUGUGGGGAGCAGAUGGGCUUUGGACCAAGCCAAGUACAACCUUGUUAAUGAAUACUUUUUAGUCGGAGUCACAGAGGAACUUGAAGACUUCAUUAUGUUAUUAGAAGCAGCAUUACCCAGAUUCUUCAGGGGUGCAACAGAGCUUUACCGUUCAGGGAAGAAAUCCCAUCUCAGAAAAACAACAGAAAAGAAAGCCCCUUCAAAGGAGACAACUGCAAAACUUCAGCAGUCUGACAUAUGGAAGAUGGAGAAUGAGUUCUAUGAGUUUGCUCUAGAGCAGUUCCAGUUUGUCAGAGCACAUGCAGUACGAGAAAAAGACGGAGAACUGUAUGUUCUAGCACCGAACUUUUUCUAUGAAAAGAUUUACCCAAAGUCGAACUAAGGACACUACACUUAUAUGUUUAAUGGACUACACCUUUGUUCUUAGGACUUCAUUUCAGGCCUACAGACCUGGUAAUUGCGCCUCUGAGACGGUUCAUUAAUAGCUCGGUAUGGUUGUCAUCAAAUGAGCCAUAUCAAAUAUUCACCACUAAGAAACUGUGACCUUCACGUGAUAUCCAGCUAAACAACUCUGCCAAAAGGUCAUGUCCAUAAGCAGAAACAAAUCUGGACCUGCUGUAGCAAAUGAACACUGGAUUAUGCCAGAUAUACACUGUACAGACAAAGUCACUUUUUAUUUUCAUUUAAGGGGAAACUGAUAUAGAACUGAAUGGUGUGGUGGUGGUGUUCUCAUUUCUGGGGGCCAUGUCCCCUGUACCUGCUUCAAAACAGCCCUUUGGUGGUGCCUGUUCUGCCAUUAAAACUAAUGCAUACUACACAGUCACGCCGUAUUUUAAGGCACCCAAGGGCCUGUUCCUAGGGCAGCAGCUUUAAAGGAGAAGGAAAGCUACCGAGGCAGUUUGUUGUCGAUAGAUUAACCACAAUAGUGCAAGCUAAAACACUAUAUUUAUUUUGUAGAAUACUUUACUAUUCCGGCGUAAACAGCUCUAGAAACUCUCUGUUAGUUUAGGAUAGCAGCUGCCAUAUUAGCUUGGCGUGACAUCACUUCUUGCCUGAGUCUCUAGCUCUAGGUUCAGAUUACAGCAGGGAGGGAGUGUGAGAGGAGCAAUCUGAGCAAGCUGAAGCCCAAGCCCUGUAGGUUUAAACUGAAAACAGGAAGUCUGAUACAGAAGCCCAUGUGUACACAAUAGAAGGAAAGAAAUGCAGUGUUUCUUUUUAACAGAGGACUCAGAGCAGCAUUAAUUUGAGGGAUUAGGUGGAUUUAUAUAGACCUUUCUGAUAAAGUUUACUUACUUUUAACCGUUCCUUGGGUGCCUAAAUACUAGAUUAUGUUUUUCAACUCUCCCCAGCCAUCACUGGAGUCUUGCCUUGUAAAUCCGGUGGAGGAGCUGGAGAGAGAGGGGUUAUAGUGCGCAUCAUAGCGCAGCAACUUCGGAAGUAAUAUCAUGUGUAACCACAUCUUGGGUGUGUACCAAGGUCCGGUGCUUAGGGUGGCACUGGACAAAAUACAGCAUUUCUACCAGUCAUUUCUGUAGUGGGUUUUCCAAACAACUUGCAGGGUUAGGCCGAUCAAAUAAAGGGAAGUAUAUACCCCA